AUGUCCAAAGAAAAUAUUCAGAGACAGCAAUCUGCUGGUGGAGCCCUGGAGGAUGAAGGACAUCAUGUUUCCAAGAACUCUUCCCACUUAUCUCAUAUUAUGGACAUCGUCCUGGCAAUAUUUUUGGCAUGCACCUAUGAUUUUGUGAUUGGUUUUUUUGACUUAGUCAUCAAAACCUUUUUUCGUGAAGUCAGAACAAGAGGAGGUUUUAAUAUCCCGAAGAAAGGACCAGUAGUGUUUGUCUGUGCACCUCACCAUAAUCAGUUUGUAGACCCAAUUGUGGUCAUGACCACCGCAAAGCAAUAUUCCAAUCGCCGUAUUUCUUUGCUUACAGCUGCAAAGUCUUACAACAUUUGGUAUAUUGGCAUUCCAGCCAGGUUGUGUGGUGGCAUAUCAGUUGAGAGACCUCAAGACUUAGUGAAGCCCUAUGAUGGUACAAUUCGGAUCGAAAAUUUCGCAAAAGAUAAUGACAACUUAACUGUGAUUGGUGAAGGUACACAAUUCACAAAAUAUGCAACGCCCAAAGGUAUCAUUGGGCUCACUCACUACUUAGGCAAUGCCAAGGUGGACCAUGUCGAGUCAGACACUAAACUUAUUUUGCUGGCACCAUUUCGAGUAAACUUUGAUAAUCCCAACGAAAAAGAACGGGAGCUUUUGAAUGGUUUGAAAAAUGGUCAUCCAUACGUGUUGGCUCCUCAUAUUGACAACACAAAGGUGUUUAAAAAUGUGUUCCACCACCUCAACAAGGGAGGUGCAUUGGGUAUAUUCCCUGAAGGUGGGCUGCAUGAUAGACCAAAUUUGCUUCCACUCAAGCCAGGUGUGGCGAUCAUGGCCUUGGGAGCCGCAGCCGAGUCUACUGAUCCAGAUCAGGUUGUAAAUAUUGUUCCAGUUGGUCUCAACUACUUCCAUGCUCACAGAUUUAGGUCAAGAGUCGUCAUUGAGUAUGGUAAACCAAUUGCAGUUACAAAAAAAGACGGUGAAUUGUACCAGCAAAACCCCAGAAAUGUUGUGAACAAAAUGUUGGACUUGAUUACUUUACGACUCAAAGAGUUGACUGUCAGUUGUGACGACUAUGACACACUCAUUGCCAUCCAAGCUGCCAGAAGAUUGUACUUUUCUGCAAACAGAGACUCAAUCCCUUUGCCUGUAGUGAUUCAAAUGAAUCGAAGAUUGUUGAGUGGGUAUCAAAAAUAUUCUGAUCAGGAAGAAGUCCGGCAGCUUAAGGAAGCUGUUGGUGCGUACAAUAAAAAGCUUAUGCAAUUGGGCAUCCAUGACCAUCAAGUUGAGUCUCUCACUAGGUCUAACAGACUUCUUGUUUUAGCAAGAUUUUUGAGUAGACUCUUUACCGUCUUGGUCUUUUUUUGCCUUGCUUUGCCGGGUAUUGUAAUGUUUAGUCCGAUUUUCAUUGUUGGAGACAGGAUUUCUAAGAGCAAAGCAAAAAAAGCACUCGAAGGAUCUGCUGUGAAAAUUAAGGCUAACGAUGUGAUAAGUACAUGGAAAAUCCUCGUUGCUCUUGGCUUGGCUCCAAUUCUCUACAUCUUCUGGGCUGUAAUUGCAACAAUCGUAUCGAAAAAGUUUGAACUAUUCGAAUCUUUUCCCACAUCAUUUGUUUUCUUUUUCUGUUACUUAUGGAACGUAUUUACUACCUACGCGUCCUUGAGAAUCGGAGAAAUUGGUAUGGACUAUUACAAAUCCUUGACUCCGCUAUUCUAUUCGCUUCUACUGAUUAACAAGGAUAUUUUGCAAAUCGAAGAUUUGAAAACAACUCGAAGAGAACUCGCUGAAAAAGUGACGAAGUCCUGUGAGAAGUACGGACCACUGCUAUUUGAUGACUACGGAGAAGUGUCGAGGUUGUAUCAGCACGAGGAAAGGGUUCAUUCUGCAAAACAAAACUCUAUUGUUUCGCUUGCCAAUUUGGAGAAUAUUCCUAUUUUCUCAGAAGAGCGUCAUAUUGCAGCUGAUGAUGAAGAAAGUGAGAGCGAGACUGAUGACCACGACCAGAAUGAUAGUGAUGGAGAUCUCGACUCCAAAACUAAUACACUGCAACACGAUAAUUUGAGCUCGAUGAGAUCCCGAAAGAAAUUUGACCGAAAGCUGUGA